CGCAUCUUGUAACUGAUUGUUCACCGAUUGUUGUUCUCCCGUUUUUCUCUCUGUUUUUCCUUCAGAAAUUGUGGUUUUACAUGAUUCUUCUAAAUUCGUUCUUCUGGUUCUUCUUGAAAAGUGACGACGCAAGUCCCCAUAUUUACACACGAUGCCGAUGCAGUUUUGGAUUCACUUGAUGGAUUUUCACUUUUUUCUCUGCAAGUUACGACGCGAUCUCUCUGUCCACAGGAUGCCGGGGUGACGAAUAUUAUUUUCUUCUAUUGUUUUUUAAGUAGUUAACAGAACAACAUUUUAGAGGAUUUACUGGAUAUUUUUUAGAAGAUUUAUUUAUUUACUGGACUGCUAUCAAUUUUUUCUGAGGAUGUGUUUACAUUCAGAAGGAAGUAAAGGAUCAGAAGCAAAAAAUGCAAAAAAAAUAUCAACUCUUUCAAUUUUUGCAAGGGAUGUGCGUUUGAAUUCAGAAGGAAAUGGAGGAGCAGAAGGAAAAAUCGCCUUUGAGGAAAAUGUUCUUCAUUUGGUCGGAAUUUUCUAGUGUACCAUAUUUAGAUAAUGUCUUCUUCCCUCGGUCGAUAACUCACGAUCGUGUCGUGAGAGUGUUAACGCGUUUAUGCAGUUUAUAUUCUAUGGUAGCAUUGGUAGCUAAUGAAAAUUGAAAAUGGCUAAUUGUCAGACGUGCAGAAGGCGAACCCUAGUGAUUAUCUUGCUACACUAGUGGACGAGGUAGAGUUUCAUCGGGGAUUAUGGCUUCUGGUGCGUCUUCCUUGGACAGUGCUGGUAGCAGUGAUGGAGCUCUCAAUAUGGAGAGGGAUAGCGGAGGCUACGGCGGUGUCGGAAGUCCUGUCCGGGGCCUCGAAUGUCGGGACUAUGACGGUUUACAGAAUCAAUGCGAGCAAGCAAUGCAUCAACUUCAACUCCUUAGACAUAAGCACAACGAAACUAUUCGACGGUAUGAGCAUACUAUGAAGGAAUUGGAGUACUAUCGAACACAGCAUAGAGCAGCCAUGAAUCAACUGGAAGCAAAUUCACAGGAGAGUUCAGCUCUUAGGGGCAAGUACGGUGAACUUAUGAAUGAUAAUCAACGUCUCGAUCGUGAGGUCCAGGGCUUACAGAAAGAAGUUUCGGAAUUAAGACUACAAAAUCAGGAAGUACUUGUCGCUGAUUCAAGUAAUAGCGAUAGUAUAAAUCAACAUUAUAUAUCGGCUCUUCGGAAAUAUGAGGCCGUCAAGGACGAGUACGAUGCCCUGAGAAAACGAUACGAUGACCUCGUAUCAUCUCAUUCCUCCGUUGUAAACAAGUUGGAAUUGGUACAAGAAGAGGCUGCAAGACUGAAGAAACAAAUUGAGGAAGUUGGCCAGGAGAGAAAUACUGUUGUACGAGAACGAAAUGGAUUUAAGCAGCAGUGCACGGCGGCGAUUCGUCAAUGGGAUAUUGCGUUACGGGAGAAGAAGGAAUAUCAGGAAGCCCUCGCUAAAGUACAACAGCAGCAUGAGGAAGCGGUGAAGGAAAUUAAUAAUGCAAUGAUUCAUCGUAUGAAGACGAGUAAAGAUAUGAAACGUUUAACGGAAGAAAGAAAUGCUGCAUUACAAGAAUAUAGUUUGAUUAUGGGCGAGAGAGAUACGGUGCAUAAGGAAAUGGAAAAACUUAGUGAGGAUCUCGCUCAGGCCACAUCGCAUAUCACGCAUUUGGAAAAUCAGAAUAAACAACUCGUUGAUGAAAAGAAGACACUUUCCUAUCAAAUUGAAACGUUACAACGAGAGAUCUCAUCGGCGCUUCACGAUCGUGACGAGGCUUUAAAAGAAUGCAACGAACUGCGGCAAAAGUUUGGCGAUUUCUCCGAAGGAGCAAGUCGAGAUUAUAAAAAUCGCCUUGAACUUCAUUCCUAUAGUCGUGAGCGAGACAAUGCAAACAAGGAAGUCGAGAAGGACACGAGCAUUCGUGAUUACGCGAAACGCGAGAAGGAACGAAUGGAUAAUUUAGAUCAAGCCAAUCUUGAAUUGGAUAAACUUCGUAAAUUUGUCGAUACACUGCAAGCGGAUCUUGAGGAGGCCGUACAAGAGGCAGAGGUGUCAAAACGAAGACGCGAUUGGGCAUUCAGUGAACGUGACAAAAUUGUCCUCGAGCGUGAAACAAUAAGAACACUUUGCGAUAGACUGCGAAAGGAGAGAGAUCGAGCUGUUUCCGAAUUGGCGAGUGCAUUGAAGGAUUCGGAUAAUAUUAAGAAGCAGAGAAAUGAAGCGUCGAAGGAAUUGAAGGAUCUUAAGGAGAAGAUUGAGUCGGGUGAUCAUUCGUUGAGAACGAGUCAGUAUGGUCACGAUGGUACAAUUGAAACGGAAGUUAAUGAAUGGGACGUGUUGACUGUUCAUCAUGAUCUCGGUAGACUUUGUUUGGAUUCUGAUCGAGAUUUGGGUUUGGUGCUAGUUGGAGGACGUGAGAAUCCUCAUUAUCCGAAUGAUAUUGGGGUUUAUGUGGCGCAAGUGAUACAGGGAAGUAUUAUGGACGGGAAAUUGCGAGUCAAUGAUUGUAUAAUGAGGGUGAAUAAUGUCGAUUGCACGUCGGUGUCGACGAGAAUGGUUCUGGAGACUUUGCGUUCAUCGACUGUGGGAAUAGCGACGUUGACCGUCCGAAGGCGGAGAAUGAGUCGUCGAGCAUUGAGAACCACGCAAUUACCUGUUGGUACCGUACCGCAUGGAAUCACUCUCGAAACUGGAAUUUACAUCUCGAAAAUCUCUCCCGGUAGUCUGGCUGCAAAGGACGGAUAUCUCGCCGUUGGCGAUCGUGUCUUAAACAUAAACAGCAAACCAAUGGAUAAUGUGACGUCCUCUCAUGAAGCAAUGGCGAUUCUAAACGACAAUUCUUCGGAUGUUCUGACAAUCACGACAUUAAAGGGCAUUCCCCUGCCGACAGUGACCAGUUCCGACUCCAUGCCCCUAGACAGCAGUUUUAGUCCUGAGAAACAAAAGAUGGUCAAUAGCUGCUCACAAACGGAACACGAGCGUCUAAUGUUAAAAACGACAUCCGACGAUUACGAUCGUCGUUACAUCGCCUCGAAUUUCGGCGAUCGAACUGUCUACAAAGUGUCAAAAUCGAUAAGCGGUGAGAAAGCGAGUGGAAUCAGCAAUGCUUGGGACAAUAUUCGUGAGAAAAUUGACAUCGUCCGAGGGAGGCGACACAGUAAGGAUCGAGAGGACAAGAAGAAGCGACACCGUAACUCGAGUCCAAGUACUUUCGAGCAGGAGCAGGACGCAAUAGCGGAACUCGAUUCAGUGAUCGAGAGUUAUCACAAGAAGGCGAAUAAUGGCGUGCUAAAGCACAGUAAACGUCGUGGCGCGGAAAAAGCGGAAAAGAACGGCGGCACAUGGCCAAAGGCACGUGGUGGACCCCUUCUGCAAAACGGCACCGGAACAAUUCUCCAUCCACGUAAAACCAAGGAACGACUACCGCUCAGCGUUCUCCUCAAUCAACCACCCAAGUACGAGAGUUAUAAUUACAAUCGGAUCUCAAAUCCCAUUCCCCUAACUAAUUUUUCCAAUGCCAGUAAUCGGCAUACUGUUUUUAUUUCGGAUACCAGUAAAUCAGGUCAGCUCUUCAGUCAGAAAUCAUUCACACCUGGAGUGCAAUUCAAGGACACAAAGGACAAGAAGCUGAGUAAUGAAUUCGAUCAUGGUGAAAGUCGUCUUGGUUCAACGCUCGCACCAUCCGAGACGAGUAUCGAUUUCUCAGUGAAAUCCGGCAAGGAUAUGGAUUAUUACGCGAAGAAACGCUCGGCAAAAUAUUUACCAACCGAUUCCACUCAGGAUUCAAUGCACAAUCGUGCUCACUCGCAACUUUACACCGGAAUGGGAAGUUCAUCGACUGGCCCACGACAACAACAACAACAACAACUCGCUGGUAGUAAUUUUUCAUAUCCACCUUACACGCACACACAUCCGCAUCCACAUCAGCAAAAUUCAUUGUUCUCGCGAUAUCCAUCACCACCCUCAUUACCCUCGGCACAAUCAGGCGAGUCCAUUGGCCUGCCCGAUGCACGCUCCUUUUGUUUUGAACCACCCUACAGUCCUGGACCACAACCCGUUUACGGACAACACUUGUACACACCAUCCGCCGAUCUUCACUGCCACAAGAGUAAUAAAGCACAUCCACUGAGUCCAUACGAUGUUCCGUCGUCGUACACGCAUGGCUAUGAGGGCGGAACAUUCCCGAGGAAAAAGGAGAAUCAACGAUUUCGCAUACCAUCGAAUCCAAGUGUCACGCCAAAAAAUAGCGUUGGUAAAUUAUCAACGGGAAGUAUUGAGAGAACAUCGGAGAGAGGGAGUCCAAUGCCGACAUUUCAUGUGGAAGUGUUGAGUCCAGGUACAGGUGGGGGGAGUGGUGAAUUGAGAAGGGUUUAUAUUGAUAAGUCCGUGGAGCCGCUUGGAAUACAAAUUUCCUGUUUGGAUGGCGGUGGUGUUUUUGUCUCAACUGUUUCUGAACACAGUUUAGCGUCACGUGUUGGAUUACAAAUUGGCGAUCAAUUACUCGAAGUUUGUGGAAUUAAUAUGAGGAGUGCUACUUAUCAAUUGGCAGCUAAUGUCCUAAGACAGUGCGGUAAUUCAAUUACGAUGCUGGUCCAGUACAGUCCUGAGAAAUUCAACGAACAAGACGGUUCGGCCUCGUCAAGUUCAUCGGAAGCUGGCGGAGAGGAAGCCGGUAGUCGAAGUGGAUCACCAACUCCAUGCAAUAGUCCGGAAGUACCAAGAAAAACCACCAAUGAACCAAUGGAAUCAUCAGAGCCUGAACGCGAUGGUUCGUCAUCUUUGAAUACAAUGCGAAGUGAUCGCGACAGAGAUCGUGAUCGUGAACGUGAAGUACGUGCAUCAGCGUCACUUGACGUGAGAACAACACAGGAGAGAGAACGUGAAAUUCGUAGUUCAGCAUCGCUUGACAUUAAUAUUAGAAAACCAGAAUUAAGAAAUUCAGCGACACUCGAGAAUAUGAGAAAUUCCGCGACACUCGAUUCAUUGAGAAGUGCAACGGGCACAUUGACAAGAGCACAAAUUAAUCAAGCAGCAACAACAUUGCAACGUCAAAAUGCAACAGUUCGAAGUCCAACGCAAGAGGAUCAAUCGCAAAAGGCAACAUUGCCACCAAGUGAACCGCGAUAUUUGUUCAUUGAAACGAGAAAAUGUUCGAAUUUGGGAAUAUCGCUUGUUGGCGGCAAUGGAGUUGGAAUAUUUGUUCAUUCCGUUCAGCCGGGAUGUUUGGCGGAAAAAUCGGGACUGAGAACUGGUGAUCGUAUUCUGGAGUAUAAUGGCGUUGAUUUGAGACAAGCGACUGCUGAGCAAGCUGCUUUGGAAUUGGCAAGACCCACGGAUAAAGUGACAUUGAUUGCACAAUUUAUACCCGAGAGGUAUAAUGAGGUGAAGGAUAAACCUGGCGACAGUUUCUACGUGAAGGCAAUGUUCGAUCGAACCGGUGAUGUUGGCGAUAGUCUGCAAUUGAGGUUCAAUAAAGAUGAUAUUCUCUAUGUUGAUAACACGAUGUUUAAUGGAACGCCUGGACAUUGGCGAGCUUGGCUUGUUGAUCAGACUGGAAGACGACAAACCUGCGGCAUCAUUCCCAGUAAAUACAAAGUCGAGGAGGAGAUGUUGUUGAGAAGAUCCCUCGGUGAUUUAGAGACUGAUGCCGGCAGAAGAGGAACUACAAGUGCUCGGCGCAGUUUCUUCCGGAGAAAAAAGCAGCAUCAACGAUCAUCCAGUAGAGACAGCAAGGAACUCUCGCACAUAACAGGCGUUAAUAUGGGAUGGUACAGUGACAGUGGAACUCUCAAUGAGGAAAAUUUGCCAGCCAGUUAUCAACGAGUUGAAAGACUUGACUAUCCAGCUCUAAGACCAAUUUUAAUAAUUGGUCCAUUCAGUGAAUGUGUUCUGGGAAGAUUGCUUCAGGAAUUUCCCGGACAAUUCACAAGAUGUCUUCCCGAAGCAAUGCACUGUUCGCAAGCAACACUCGAGCAAGGUUUACGAGAUUCUCUGUACGUUGAUUACAGAAAGAAAGGUAGUUACUUUGAAUGCACAACUGUUCAGGCUGUAAAGGACAUCUGUGAAAAGAAUUCGCACUGUCUUUUGGAUAUAUCGAUUGCUUCGAUCGAAAGACUCCACAGGCACCAAAUAUAUCCAAUUGUUCUAUUGAUCAAGUUUAAGAGCACAAAACAAAUAAAGGAGGUGAAGGAUUCGAGGUAUCCUGGCGAGAAGGUGAGCGCGAAGGCAGCUAAGGAGAUGUACGAACAAGCACUCAAGUCGGAGGCUGAAUAUCGAUUUUUCAUCUCCUCAAUAAUUCCUGCUGGAGUUAGUGUCGCAUGUAUCGUAACGCAGAUAAAAGCAGCCGUCGACGACGAGCAAAGCAAAGCAUUAUGGGUACCUCGAGGGCCUCCCUGACAUUUAAGGGGGGGUCCCAACAAACCGCAGUGGAAAUCAAUCUAAUUCCAUCAGGGGACCCUUUCGUCUAAACUAUGCGUACAAUUCUUAAAAAAAGAAAAGAAAGAAAUAUUUUUAUUUCUCCAUUUACAAUCAUUUUUUGUUUAUGAUCUCGAGCCAAUUUUUUUUUCUGCUUCUUGAGGGAAGUAAUUUAUGAAACAAUUUUGUU